ACACACACACACGCUCACAUUCCCCUCUCGGUGGCGGUGGCCGGGCGUUCCCAUUCUCCCUCCCCCACCCCUUCAGCCAGUUCUUAAAGGAGCAGGCCUACAAUCUUGGAAGGCGGGAGAAAUAGGGGGAAACUCAAUUGUGUGUGUGUGUCCAUGCGGGAGUGUCUGUGUGUGCCUGUGUCUAUGUGUUGACUGUACAGCUGUUGUGUCAGAAGGCCUGUGUGCCUCGAGUGUGUUGCUAUUUCUGCUUCUGUCUCCACCUAUGUGUCACCAUUAUGCUGCCUCUGUCUCUGGAUAUUUACCUAUGUGGUAUGUGUGAUUAGGUUUCUCUGAGUCUCUGUGUGUGUCUCUGAAUGUAUCUCUCUGUGAGUCUCUGGCUCUGUGAAGUUGUCUGUCUCAGAAGGUGGGACUACAUGAGGGGGUCUCUGUGGGUUUGAAAUAUAUGUCUCUGAGUGAAUAUCACAGUGUCUGUGAUCCCAGCUUUCUCUCUCUCACUCUCUCUUGAGUCUUUGUGAGUUUAUUUCUGUGAGUCUCUGAGUGUGUGUCCCCCGCCCUCCGUUGUUUAUUUUACACUGGCUGAGCAUCAACAAUGCCUAGGGUGCUAGGCAGACUGCUUUCUGCCUCAGUUUCUGGCACCCCGUGUGAAUUAGAGAUAACUGCCAGAAAGGACUGAUGCUUAAGUAUUUGGAAGCAGUAAGGGCUUUGGAGAAAUGUACAGGAGGGCCUGGGGACUCUCGUAAAUGUCUGUCCUGCCCCCUGCCCUGCCACAGAGAGAGGGGGUCUCUCUGGAGGCCCCUUUGCUUAUGUAAUGCACAUUCCCUUAUUCUGCCUUAGUCCUGGAGUGAGGUGCACAAUCCUACCCUCUCCUGACAUGGAGGACCCUAUGGGGGUUAUGGGUCUUGGAGGCUAGAAGCUCAGUGUCCAGGAAGAGUACCCAGGAACUUGAGCUCCACUUCCUGUUCCCCCACAUGCUACUCUGGCUCCAGUUGACCCCGAUGAACUCCAUUGGCUGAGAAGUUGAAGUUGGGGGCUGGCAACUUACAGUGGCAACAACUGUCAAUCUCUUCAUCCCCUUGGCUUUUCCAACCACUUCCCCGGGUGUAGCGAAUGGCUCUGAAUGGCAGUAUGAGGGUCCUUGGAAUCCCAGGCCUGUCUGGCCCUGAGGGAGUCCCCUUUCUGAAGCUGUGGUGCUCGGACGACCUGCUCUGUACGUUGCCGGGCACCUAUAGGUGUCCCUCGAGAGUUCAGUUUUGAGGUUCAAGUCAGUGUGGCCAUGAAGGGGCUGCCUGUUGGGCUGAUGCUGUGACCCUGGAGUCUGCCUCUCCUGCCAGUCCCCCGGCCCGGAACAUGUGGCUGUGGCUUGGCCCAUCCUCGCUGUCCCUGAGCCCCAAGCCCACAGUUGGCCGGAGCCUGUGCCUCACCCUGUGGUUCCUGAGCUUGGUGCUGAGGGCCAGUACCCAGGCCCCAGCACCCACAGUCAACACUCACUUUGGGAAGCUAAGGGGUGCCCGGGUACCAUUGCCCAGUGAGAUCCUGGGGCCUGUGGACCAGUACCUUGGGGUGCCCUACGCAGCUCCCCCGAUCGGCGAGAAACGUUUCCUGCCCCCUGAACCGCCCCCAUCCUGGUCGGGCAUCCGGAACGCCACACAGUUUCCCCCAGUGUGCCCCCAGAACAUCCACACAGCUGUGCCCGAAGUCAUGCUUCCUGUCUGGUUCACCGCCAACUUGGAUAUCGUCGCUACUUACAUCCAGGAGCCUAACGAGGACUGCCUCUACCUGAACGUCUAUGUGCCCACGGAGGAUGUAAAGCGGAUUUCCAAGGAAUGCGCCCGAAAGCCCAACAAGAAAAUUUGUAGGAAAGGAGGAUCCGGCGCUAAGAAACAGGGCGAGGACUUAGCGGAUAAUGACGGGGAUGAAGAUGAAGACAUCCGGGACAGUGGCGCUAAGCCUGUCAUGGUCUACAUCCAUGGAGGCUCUUACAUGGAAGGGACAGGCAACAUGAUUGACGGCAGUGUCCUGGCCAGUUAUGGCAACGUCAUCGUCAUCACCCUCAACUAUCGGGUUGGAGUGCUAGGUUUCCUGAGCACUGGUGAUCAGGCUGCCAAGGGCAACUAUGGGCUUCUUGACCAAAUCCAGGCCCUCCGCUGGGUGAGCGAGAAUAUCGCCUUCUUCGGUGGUGAUCCCCGCCGUAUCACCGUCUUUGGCUCGGGCAUUGGCGCAUCCUGUGUCAGCCUCCUCACGCUGUCGCAUCAUUCUGAGGGGCUUUUCCAGAGGGCCAUCAUCCAAAGCGGUUCUGCUCUGUCCAGCUGGGCUGUGAACUACCAACCAGUGAAGUACACCAGCCUGCUGGCAGACAAGGUGGGCUGUAAUGUGCUAGACACAGUCGACAUGGUGGACUGUCUUCGGCAAAAGAGUGCCAAGGAGCUGGUAGAGCAAGACAUCCAGCCAGCCCGCUACCAUGUGGCUUUUGGCCCAGUGAUUGAUGGUGAUGUCAUUCCUGAUGACCCAGAGAUUCUCAUGGAACAGGGCGAGUUCCUCAACUAUGACAUCAUGCUAGGUGUCAACCAGGGUGAGGGGCUCAAGUUUGUGGAAGGGGUGGUGGACCCUGAGGAUGGUGUCUCUGGCACUGACUUUGACUAUUCAGUCUCCAACUUUGUGGACAAUCUGUAUGGCUAUCCUGAGGGUAAGGACACCCUGCGGGAAACCAUCAAGUUCAUGUACACAGACUGGGCAGACCGUGACAAUCCUGAGACCCGUCGUAAGACACUGGUGGCACUCUUCACUGACCACCAAUGGGUGGAGCCCUCAGUGGUGACGGCUGAUCUGCAUGCCCGCUAUGGCUCGCCUACCUACUUCUACGCCUUCUACCAUCACUGCCAGAGCCUCAUGAAGCCUGCUUGGUCAGACGCAGCUCAUGGGGAUGAAGUACCCUAUGUUUUCGGUGUCCCUAUGGUAGGCCCCACUGACCUCUUCCCCUGCAACUUCUCCAAGAAUGAUGUUAUGCUCAGUGCUGUUGUCAUGACCUACUGGACCAACUUUGCCAAGACUGGGGAUCCAAACAAGCCGGUCCCCCAGGAUACCAAGUUCAUUCACACCAAGGCCAACCGCUUUGAGGAAGUGGCCUGGUCCAAAUACAAUCCCCGAGACCAGCUGUACCUUCACAUCGGGCUGAAGCCAAGGGUCCGCGAUCAUUACCGGGCCACUAAGGUGGCUUUUUGGAAACACUUGGUGCCCCACCUAUACAACCUGCACGACAUGUUCCACUACACGUCCACAACCACCAAAGUGCCGCCCCCGGAUACCACCCACAGCUCCCACAUCACCCGCAGGCCCAAUGGCAAGACCUGGAGCACCAAGCGGCCAGCCAUCUCCCCCGCCUACAGCAACGAGAACGCCCAGGGGUCCUGGAACGGGGACCAGGAUGCAGGGCCACUCCUGGUGGAGAACCCGCGUGACUACUCCACUGAAUUAAGCGUCACCAUCGCUGUGGGGGCCUCCCUCCUGUUCCUUAAUGUCCUGGCCUUCGCUGCUCUCUACUAUCGGAAGGACAAGCGACGUCAGGAGCCCCUGCGGCAGCCCAGCCCUCAGAGGGGAGCCGGGGCUCCUGAACUGGGAGCUGCUCCCGAGGAGGAGCUGGCAGCACUGCAGCUGGGUCCCACACACCAUGAGUGUGAGGCGGGUCCCCCCCACGACACCCUGCGCCUCACCACGCUGCCUGACUACACGCUGACCCUGCGGCGCUCCCCUGAUGACAUUCCACUCAUGACCCCCAACACCAUCACUAUGAUCCCCAACUCCCUGGUGGGGCUGCAGACAUUGCACCCCUAUAACACCUUUGCCGCAGGGUUCAACAGUACUGGGCUGCCCCACUCACACUCCACCACCCGGGUAUAGUAGCUCCAGCCCAGAGCACAGCCUAUAUCCUGGUUCUACCCCUCCCAGAUCCACAAAAACACAUGCACACAUGCACACACACACACAGACACGUGCAGACAUCUAUGUAUACGCACGCACCCACACCCAACAGCAGACCCACGUGCACAAACAUAGACAGAUAUGGACAUGCACCUGCAUGUGCAACAACACAAAUAAGGAAGUAAACCUGAACAAGUCCUUCAAAUGGAGACACACAUGAGUCCUUGGGAAACUGAGGACCCAUGGAACAGCAGCUGAAGCCGGCUCCCAGACCUGACCACAGACACUCCCAGGGAGCCUGAAGCACCAGCUGGAUACCCCUUGGUGCUCACCUUCCGCAUCUCUUGGAACUGCACCACCCACCAACUCCAGACUUGGGAGCUUUAAAGAGCAGAGUAGCUCUUUCUCCCUUAGACUUGGUCUUUUUUCUGGGUCUCGUUUUUGUUGAUUUUUAAAAAAAAAAUUUGGAACAAAUGUUUCUCCAACCCAUGAGUGCAAAGAGGCUCCGGAAGGGGGGGCUCCAGGCCCAGGUCUCUCUGGCUUUGGAACUCCAGUUGCUCACACAAUGACUGAGGAACGUGAGCCCCAAGAAAGAAACAGAUUCGAGCAAGACCAUGGGGGAGAAGGAGGAAGGGGCUGUCGCUGGAUGGGGUUGGAAGGCCUAGGGGACAACUCACCAGUCACCUCUAUCUCUGUGGAGGGCUGUGGAGACCACAGGUGACCUGCGUUCCCCAGGAGUAUCAGCCUCCCUAGACCAGGGGACCCCAGAUUUGGUGAAGGAGGUUUUGUGGAGGCCAUGUCAUUAUUGGGGGCCCUGGGUGUAAGCUGGGUCCUACCUCUGCCCUUGGGGUAAUGCUAUCAGAAAUUCACCCCAUUUUCUUUAGAGUCUCUUUCGUGUAUGUCAUUUCUCUUUCAAAAAGACGGUGUUUUUUGUUGUUGUUGGCUUUUUUUUUUUUUUAAAGAAAAGUUCUUAAAACACUAACGGAAACCCAUGGAGUUUGUCCUUUGUAAAAAUUUUAAACACAGUGUCUUGAUAUAAAAAUAAAAAAUCCAGUUAGCACUCCCAAA